CUCCAUUGCUGUGGCAUCCAUCUUUGCACAGAUUAACGGGACUUAUUGUCCACAUAUCAUCAUAUGUAAAGCUGGGAAGAAUUUUAGUGGUUGCUUUUUACAACUGAAUUUGAACUGGCUGCGAAGAGUGCCUAGUGCUACACUUCUCAUACUUUUUAAGUUCAAGUUAAGCCUUUCUGAACUCAUGACCAUUCAUCUGCAUAGCCAGGAUCUCAUAUUCUGAAGAAUUUUGAAAUGGCCCGGAGCAAAGAUUCAGCUGAGAAAGAAAUGGACAUCAAAAAAUCGUCAAAUGAUGAACCAUCUUUUAAUCAUUCGUUGUCUGAAACAAACUAUUCACCCUCUACUUCAGCACGUGAUUUACCUGGAGUAAUAUCUAAUGAUGAUGUUGUUGAUUUUAUACAAACAACUAUGCAUCUACAUAGUUGUAAAGAAUUUCUACGAAUUAAAUACCCCUCAAAAAUUACGAUACCAGACAGCGAUGAGAUAGCAUGGUGUUCACUCUGUCUUGGCCCUGAGCUAUGUCGUGAAAUGUAUAAUCUCGAACAGAGAUCGGAUCAGCAGCUACCUGCUCAAAGAAUUCCCUUAUUAAGUAUAGUUAUUCACUUAGAGCAGAGUAAAAUAAAAUUACUGCUUGAGUACCUUCAUAAAUGGUUCCUUGUUAUUGGUAUGACAGACCAUUUAAGUAUGUGGCUAUACAGCGUUUUGAUUUGUGUGAAAUAUUGUAAAAAGGACGAAGAACGUGAUCAGCUUUUUAAAAUUCUUUUUAAAGAUUUGAGAAAAUAUUUAAAGAAAUGUUUUGGCUAUCGACAAAAACAACGAGCCGUUCUGUUUGGGGAUAUUUUGAAGGAAUGGUUUUUGGUUAAGAUAAAAUAGAGUUCGAAUAAUUGAAUUGGGGAGGAGGGGGGGGGGUGCUUUAGUUCAUCCAUGUUAUUAAGAUUCUUGAGGGGUUUCAUUUUUGAUCUAUUUAGAGUUCAUGUAAUUUUCUUGUCAUUAUUGUUUUUCAAAAAAGAAAAAAAUGUUGUGAAUAUAUAUAUUUUUGAAAUCCAUCUUUUCAGCAAACCGCAUAUUUUUUAGAAAUUUUAAUGUGAUAUUGGAUCAUUUUUUGUCUGCAGUUGUUUUACAAGCAUUUUUAAAAAUUCUUAUAUAUAUAUAAAUUAGCAGUUAUAUACUGUUUAGUUCAUACAUAAUUAUUGCAUAAAAAAGAGGGAAGAAUGCUCUAGUUCAUCAUCACAUGAAGUAUUAUGUAUCUAACUUAUGAUAUUGGUGCUAUAUUUUUAAACUGUAUUUUACAUUAAACAUUAAUAAAAGCGUUUUUUUUUUAUUAUUAUUAUUCCUGUUUGUGUGUUUUAAAGAAAAAAAUUGAGGUGUUAUAAGUAUAUAUAUAAUCCAAUUUUUUAGCAAAAUGCUUCCUUUUUUAAACUUUCCAAUGUGAUAUUAAAUCAUUCUUUUCUCUCCAAUUGUUUCUGAGCAUUCUUAAAAAAACUAUUCAUUUUAUAUCCGAGUAUAAUGGUAAAGUAUUCUUUGUCUGAUUUCAAAGAAUCAAUAUAAACUGGAUAAUAUACUGUGCAGUUCAAAUUGUAGUGUCAUGUUUUUAUUAAUAUGUAUGCAUGACUAAAUAUUUUUUUGUUCUUUGUUUACUUUUGAAUUACUUUGGUUAUAAUUUAGAUUUAAUUAUAGUGUAUGAUUAAAGAAGUUCUGAUUUCUUCUUGCAAAUGCUGUUCCUGAAAAACAGCAUAAGAACUGAAGAUAGGAUGUUCUAAACAUUUUUUUUUGUGUGUGUGCAGUCAUGCGUUGUGCAUGUCUUGUUUCAUGCAAGAUUGAAUAUUACAUAUGUCAGGCUUUACAGGCAUGACAUAUUUUCAUAAAAAUGUUGAUGUCAGCAUUUUUGGAAUUAAAUUUUUGCUUUCUUUUAGCUUUAGUUUUAUAUAAUAAUUCUGCAAUAUUUUUAACAUCUUAUUUACUUUUUGUAUAAAUUUGUUCGUUUUAUUCUUCAGUUAAUCAUAUUUAAUUUUCAGUAUUUAUGUUUUUACAUAAUUUGUAAUUCUAUAAAAUUUAGCUUUUUUUUUUUAAUUCAGUCUGCCAUGCCUGAGUUUACCUAUUAAUUGAUUUUAUAAUGUCAUUUGCUGCACCUUUUAUUUUAUUACUUUUCAUGUGCUCUAUAUAUUUUUGUAUUUUAUUACCAAAUUUCUUUUCUGAUUGUAAUUUUCUUAUGUUUCUUUUUGUUAAGUCUAUUAUUUCAAAGAGCCAGUUUAAAUAAUAUAAAAUGCCUAUUAAUACAAUAUCUAUGAUGUGUCAUGGACAUUUAUGUCCACCUGGUAUAUUAUUGUUUUGGAUGUACUUUGUAUAUUUUUGCUUUUGGUGCUAUGUAUGUAUUUGUAUAUGCUAUAUUAAUGUAUCUAUGUACUUAACUAUUGAUACCUGUAAUAUUUGAUCAUGGUCAUUUUGGAAGAUUAUUUUAAGUUAAUUAUCUGAAUAAUUAUGUCAGAAAAAGAGGGAAGGUAUUUUCUAGCCCAUAAACUUGUGAAAUUUUAUAAAUCCAACCUUGCAUUUAUUA